AUCCAAAUCUGUAAAAAGUAUCAGAUCAAAUCUAUUUUUAAAUUACAGCAUAUGUGUCCUCACAUUUUGUGGUGAAUAGCCCUAGUUGCUAUAUAUGAACAGCUUUUAAUGAAAAAAAUUAGAUAUAGGAUAAAUUAUUUUAGCCUCCAUUUCAAAAUGUCUUUAUAUCAAAAGAAGAUUUUGCACACUUACAAAGAAUUAGGGCCAAAGGUCUCAUUCAGAAUUGGUCAGGAUUUAUUCAAAACUUGUUUUAGAAUAUUUAAUACAUUUGCCUUCAUAAAUCAACUCCCUGUCCUAAGAAAAGUUUCAAAUGCCUCAGUAGUGAAGUGACUUUCCAUUAUCUGUCUUCUCUCCACAGGCUGGGAACCGUGAAUAAGUCAGGGAUAUCUACUGUGACACAGUGUGUCUUGCUGGGCUCUCCUGGUCCCUAGAAAAUGCAGGUCACUCUUUUCUCAGUGAUUUUUUUUGGUCUGCAUCUUGACUCUGACUGGGAAUAUGGCCAUCAUCUGUAUAGUAAAGUGGGAGCACCAGCUCCAUACUCCUAUGUACGUGCUCCUGGCCAACUCUUUCUUAGAGAUCUGGUAUGUGAACUGCACAGUCCCCAACAUGUUUGUCAGUUUUCUUUCCAAAAUCAAGUCCAUAUCCUUCUCCGGUUGCUUUACUCAAUUCUACUUCUUCUUUCCCCUGGGCACAACUGAAUGUUUCUUCUUCUGUGUCAUGGCGUGUGAUCAGUACUUGGCCAGCUGCCAUCCACUGCACUAUCCCUCCAUCACAACUGCACAGAGUUGUGAUAUUUUGGUUCUCUGUUGGCUCAUUGGUUUCCUUGGAUAUUCAGUUCCUAUUUUCUUCAUUUUUCAACUACCUUUUUGUAGUCCCAACAUCACUGAUCACUUUCUGUGUGAUGUGGACCCACUGAUGGCAUUAUCCUGUGCUCCUACACCUAUCAUAGAGCACAGAUGCCAUUCUGUGAGCUCUCUUAUCAUAAUACUCACCAUUUUGUACAUCCUGGGGUCCUAUAACUUGGUGCUCAGGGCAGUGCUUCAAGUUCCUUCUUCAGCUGGGCAGCAAAAGGCCUUCUCUACCUGUGGAUCCCACUUUGUUGUGGGGUGUCUGUUCUAUGGAAAUAUGGUGAUGUAUGUGAGUCCCACAUCUGGUGACUCUGUUGCUGUGCAAAAGGCUGUCACACUGAUGUAUUCUGUAGUGACACCAGUCUUAUUCCCUUUAUCUACAGCAUAUGCAACAGAGAUGUGA